AUGAUGAUGAAGUUGAACAAUAUUUGGAGGACUUUGUAUCUUUUUGCGGUGGCUGCUCAAGCUUCAUCUAAUACAACAACUUCAGCUCUUACAUAUGGAAACGCGGUUGAGCCGGUCUCUACUUCUACUUUCUCGUCUUCUUCGAGCUCAUCAUCGAAACUUAUCGAUGGAAUUCAAAUGAAGGCAAUCGCCCAUACUUAUACAGCUGUACCAACAGGAACUGUCACCCAAACUUUGGGAACUUCUUCCACAAGCCAUGUUGAAUCAUCAUCAUCAGGUACUGUCUUUGUUGUCACCGAAACUCUUGAAGGUACCAUUACUUCAUACACAACUACCUGUCCAUUGAGUGGUCUCAAGACCUCAUCAACUCUGGUCUCUUCAUCGACAACCAGACCAUCCACUACUACCACAGCAUCAUCUUCUAUUAGUGUUACAGUAAUCACAGACACAAUCUCUGGAGUGGUGACCUCUUAUACAACUACCUGCCCCUUGAGUGGCCAUACCACAUCAACUACCUCAGCUGGUGUCACGGUGGUUACAGAUACCAUUUCUGGGGUGGUUACUUCUUAUACCACUACUUGCCCAUUAAGCGGUCGUACAUCAUCUUUAUCGAGCACAAUCAGUCCUAUCACCACCUCUUCUUUGGUCUCCACAACUGGCAGUAGUAGCAUGCUAAUUUUGACUUCAACAGCUUACAUUAGCGAGUAUUCAACAGAUUAUGUUACUAUCACCAGCUGUGUCAACAACGCUUGCUCGACCUUGACUUCGAAAUCGACAAUUACUCAUGUUAGAACAUCUUAUACUACGUACUGUCCACUUAGUGAUAGUUCCAAAUUUAGUUCAAGUUUGGAAGCUCAUGGAUCCACCAUGUGGAACCAUACCACCUCUGCUACUACUACUCUGGCAUAUACCACUGGUACAGUUUCUCAAACCUCCACCAGUUCAGUAAACGCACAUGCCAGUACCAGUGCUCCAACAUCUUCAGCAGGGAUUGAUUCAACGACCACAGCAACAACCACUACUACUUCAGUGAUCAAGAAAUCCUCAGCAGCAGCAAUUACUACCUCAGUGAAUAACGAAUCACCAGUGUCCAACGGAGGAGACGUUUCAGUGUUUACCAGUAACGGAGAGGUUUAUAUUAUCAGCUAUACCACCUCUUUGAUCCAGGGGACCAAUUAUAUCCAAACCACCAAGACUUUGAGUAAUACUGAUAAUGUUCCUACUUAUUUGCCACCAACCGUUGCGUCCAGUGUCACCACCACCAGUUCUGCUACUUAUUCUAGCAGUUAUAGUCACUCAAGCACUUUGGAUGCCACCGCAUCAUUUGCAGUCUUCAACUCUAGUUCUUCUUCUAAUGCAACCAUCCAAUACUUUGGUGGUGGUUCACAGAUUUCCAUGAGAUAUGAGAUCUUGGGACUUGUUUUCAUUGGGAUUGCUUUCUUCAGCAUGUAA